AUGUCUCUCCCGAUUAUCGACAUCGGCCCCUUCCUCAAGUCUUCGGAUCCAUCAGUCCGUGAGGCGACUGCAGCUGAAAUACACAGCGCCUGCUUGAACUACGGCUUCUUCUAUUUGAACAUAUCUGCCUACGCCGACCCGUCCGAGCCAGAGGAACUUACAACAUUGGCCCGAAGCUUCUUCUCCUUAGCUCAGGAAGAGAAAGAUAAGAUUUCACUGGGCAGCAAUGACAAAGCUAGAGGCUACGCGCGUUUGAAGGAGAAUGUAACCAACGGUAAAGCAGACAACCAUGAAGGAAUCGAUUUCUAUCGUCCGGUUGAGAAUCCUGAUAAAUCUAAACCACUCUGGGGGGAGAAUUUAUGGCCGACGAUCCCUGCGUUCAAAGAGAAAUACGAGCAAUGGAUAGGGAAGAUGAAGGCACUUGGCCUGAUUGUGAUGGAAGCGAUGGCCCUUGGAUUGGGCAUGACUCCGGAUGAAUGGCAGCAACUACGGGGUCAGGUCGAUGACAGUUUCUGGGUUAUGCGGAUCAUAGGAUAUCCUCCACUUCCUACCGACCACGAUGGCUUUUCAUGCGGUGCCCAUCGAGACUACGGUUGCCUCACGUUCUUGUAUGCAGACCCCACACCGAACGCGCUCCAGGUCUUCCUCCCCAAGCGGGCUGCAGAAAUCAUCAAUGGCACCAGUUCUAUCACAAACGGUUUGCCCUCCGAAGAAGGAGGUGAAGAGGGUGUCUGGAUAACGGCCGAUCCGAUACCCGGGUGUGUGGUAUGCAACAUUGGGGAAAUGUGGGAGAUUUGGACCAACGGAUUGUACCGCUCGACGUUGCACCGAGUGAUACACAGGAGCUCCAACUACCGGAUCCCUUUCUUCUUCGAGCCCAACUUCGACGCCAAUAUCAGCCCUUUAGCAGCAGCCGCUCGUAUCAAAUCAGCCCAGCCAUCUACGGUUCCCAACGGCGAGACCAAGGAAUACAAACCCGUUGUAUAUGGCAAGUUCUUGUUGGGUAAAGUCACGAACAACUUUGCAGGAGGAAGCAAAUAUGAUUAG